AUGGUAGGCCAGCAGAAAUGCAAGACUAAAGAAGCUACAUUAAAUCCCUAUCUAUGUCAUCGAAAGACUUUGACAGCACCGGCUCCAUUUGCAGGUGAAACAAGCUGUCAGUGCAGAGCUCCUCAUGAGAAAUUAACCAUUGCUCAGGCCCAUCUUGGAACACCAGUGGACAGACCUGUCAGAGUCUAUGCAGAUGGAAUAUUUGAUCUCUUCCAUUCUGGUCAUGCAAGAGCUCUCAUGCAAGCCAAAACUCUGUUUCCUAAUAGCUACUUAUUAGUAGGAGUUUGCAGUGAUGAUCUAACACAUAAGUUUAAAGGUUUCACUGUAAUGAAUGAAGAAGAACGUUAUGAGGCCCUCAGACACUGCCGCUAUGUAGAUGAAGUAAUCAGAGAUGCUCCAUGGACGCUCACAGCAGAGUUUUUGGAAAAACAUAAGAUUGAUUUUGUAGCCCAUGAUGAUAUUCCAUAUUCUUCUGCUGGUUCAGACGAUGUUUACAAGCAUAUAAAGGAGGAGAAGAAAUAUCGUUUUCAAAAUCAGGUAGACAAGAUGAAAGAAAAAGUGAAGAAUGUGGAAGAAAGAUCGAAAGAAUUUGUGAAUAGAGUUGAAGAAAAAAGCCAUGAUCUCAUUCAGAAAUGGGAAGAAAAGUCUAGGGAGUUUAUUGGCAACUUCUUAGAACUAUUUGGACCAGAUGGAGCUUGGAAGCAGAUGUUUCAAGAAAGGAGUGGGCGCAUGCUUCAAGCCUUAUCUCCAAGGCAAAGUCCCACAAGCAGUCCAACACGGGGACGUUCCCCAUCACGUUCCCCAUCUCCUCCUUCCCCUUGGCUCUUCAGAAAGGCUUCACCGCCUUCCUCUCCAAAGGUUGCCUCAGCAUCCAUUAGCAGCAUGAGUGAAGGAGAUGAGGAUGAAAAGUAAACAAGGGAAAAUUUGUAGUAAAAGAAAGAAGAAAUAUACCAAUGGCUCUCCAUACAGUUCAAAGUAGAAGAAAGAAAAGGAUGCAUAAGAUGUUUCUGAAAAACAAAGUUAUUGAGAUUAUUGGAGCACUGAAGAUCUCAACUAUAAAGUAGUACUUGCCAAAGGACAACCUGUCAAAAAAAGUCACGUAUGAUGACAGAAUAUAUAACAACGUCAUUAUUUCCCAACAGUUAUGAAUACUUUUAAAUGCAACUGCAGCUAUUGCUGCUUUAAGCUGUUGGACUGUUGUGAGGAUUAUUUGUUGAAAGGUUAAUUUGGCAAACGUUAAGAAGGAUUAUUUUUGAUUAAACAAGGCACAUUUAAAUUUGAAUAACACUGCACUCUACUAAAACGUUGUAUCUCACAAGAAUAAAAUGAAGUACUGCCUAGAAACAACAGAAGCUCCUACAGUGCCAGGAAACACUCAAAUAAAAUCAUGCCAUUAGAAUUAAGCUCUGUCUUUCACAGUGGACACAAUAUAGGUCUACUGAAUUUGAUUAAUAUUGCUUAAUGAGCAGGCUUUUGUA